GCUUCCUCGCCCCUCGCUCUUCGCCCGCCUCGCCCAGCGCCGUCGCCAUGGCAACCGCCUCCGCGCGCCCGCUCUUCCGGAUCCUGGCCCGAGCCGCCUCGGCCGGCCCCGCCGCCCCUUGCUGCUGCCCGCGCCUGCCCGGCCCGCGGGGGACUCGCCGGCUGCACCUCACGCCGCCCAGGUAGGCGGGGGGGGGGGUCCUCUGUCGGGCGGUGGAGCCUCCCUGGCCGGGCGCAGUCUACCUGAGGAGGAGGAGGAGGAGGAGGAGGAGAGUGAUAAUGGCCACUUCGAGGCUUCCCCCUCUCUUUCCCUGCUCCCCCCCCCGCGUGUCCCGGCUUCGCCCGGCCGCCGCUUUGGGAGAGGAAAGGGGGCAGGAGGGCUGGCGGCGACCCCCCCCGCGACCCCCGGCCCAUCUCUGCCCCGCCGCUUCCCUCGGGGAGCCCCUCCCGGGCGGGCGGGCGGGCGUCGUGGCGCCACUCCCCCUGGCGGCGGCGCGGAGGGCGGCAGGCUGAUGAAAUCGCCCCGGCCGCUUGCAUGGCUCGGCCCCGAGCUGCUGCUGCUGCUGCUGCUGGCGCGGAGUUUCGCGCCGCCAGCCCGGGGUUGCUUCCGUGCCUCGGAUGGGACGGGUCCCGGGAAUGCUUCAGUAUGAUGGGCAUCGGAGGGGCAGGGGCGCCCCAAGGCUUCCAGGAGCAAAGAGGUGGAGGUGCAGUGUGUGGUGUAAUGGUUAGUGUUGGGCCAGGAGACCCGAGGUCACUGCACUCCCCGGGGGCUAGCAGGCACUGUCUCUCAGCCCGCCCUACCUCGCAGGGUUGUUGUGGGAGAUUAUACGAGGAGGGGGAGAACCACAUGCGCUGCCUUGAGCGCUUUGGAGAAAAAAAGGUGGGCUAUUAAAUAAAUACAUAAAUAGUCGUUGCUUGAAAAGGAGUACGGAAUCCUGUCCCUAGAAACCUGCUGAAGUGGAGGGUGCGGGUCCCAAGACUUUCAAGGGCAAAGUGUGGAGCCUUAAUUGGGAAAGGGGCACCUGUCAUCUUUCUCUCUCCCUGGUGCUCUUAUCGCUUGAGGAAGCCUGGUCUGCUAGCAUGCAGGAUAAUAUUCUGCAGUUGCACUUUCCUCACUUUAUGAAAAGCAGCUUUGAGAACUUGGUUGGUGUUGGGAAAACAAGUUUCCCAGGCACUUUUUGAGAUUCUGGAAGUUUGAAGAGUGUGCAAAAGGAAUGUGUGAGAAAGAUGAUUUCUUUCCACAGCAGAUUUGACCCGUGGGUAUCAGUGUACCUGAUUCACCAAGACCCAUUGCAUGCUAGCCAAAACCCCAGCAUGGUUGGCUCACAGUAGCGGCAAGGGGGUUUCCUGCCUCACUGCAGCAAGAAGUGAAACUUGCUUCGGAGGCUGCACCAAAAUAUCCUCCAUUGUUUGCACAGAGAUAGUAGCUUGAUUAAAAUGCUUUUGCCUGAAUAUAUUUAAAUGUUCUUCCAAAUGGGCUCUGUGAAGUCAUUCUACUGAUACUGCAGUGGCAAUUGCAUGUAGAAUUGGGCAUUUUCUAUUUUUUAGAGCAAGAGAAGGCCUGAUCUUGUUCUGGAGCUCAUCCUUCUCUUACUCUUCAUAGUGCCUAUGAAGUUAUGUAAUGCCUUUGUGGCAGUUGUUCGUGUGAAGUUUUUAGCUCCCUUGCAUUCUUGCUCCAUUUUGCCAACUGUUGGCUGUAGAGCGCAUGCAUUCGGCUGUGCCCCCUCCCAUGUCCCUGUCCUUUUGUUAGGCUUCUGCCUCCCAUGAGAUCUGUGAACCUUUAAGUGUUGGGUCAGAUAGCCUGGGAAUAAGUGUAAGCUGCUCUGUGGGAAAGUAAUGAAUUUCCAACAAGACACUACUAAGCUUUUUGAGGAUCAAAUGCUUUAAAAACUCUCUGCUUGCAGGAAUGAAGCAGUUGUCAUUUCUGGGAGGAAGCUGGCCCGGCAGAUCAGGCAAGAAGCCCGUCAUGAAGUGGAGCAGUGGGUUGCAGAUGGAAACAAAAGGCCCCAUCUCAGUGUGGUUCUAGUUGGUGAAAACCCUGCCAGCCACUCCUAUGUCCUGAACAAAACCAAGGCUGCGGCUGAUGUAGGUAAGUCUUUCCUGGCCAGCGUCUUCUGCAGUAUUAGUCAUUGCACUAUUGCUGGCAGAAAAAGGGUCUCAGAUGAGUGUCGGUCCCCAUAACUCAGUUUGGUUUGUCUCUCCUCCUGACCAUCUCCUGGAGCCUGUCUCAGCUGCUGCUUCCUCAGCUGCCCUUCGUUUUGAGCAGUGUAACCUCGCCUUACCUCAGGAAUACUGGCUGCAAGUGGUUCCCAGGGUUUAAAAGAGGCAUCCUUCCUGGCCCUACCUGGACACACCCAAGACUGAACCUGGGAUCUUUUGUAUGCAAAGCAAGUGCUCAGCUGCUGAGCUACAGGCCUCCUCUAAAUUUUGGGCAGUGAAGGGGCUGGGGUGCAGACGGGUGUGCCUGUCAGCUAUAUGGCAGACUGCAGCAGGGUUUGGCCAAUGCACUCUCUCCCCCACCACAGUCCACUUAAUUUUGUUUUCUCUGGUUUCUGCCAUCUCAUCCCUAAUGCUGCUGCUCUAAUAAUCCUGCUUCACUUUUGUGUCAGUAAUUGUUUCAAAGCUUGAGGUGGGAAAUUGAAGUAGGACUUGAAAAGUUUCAAGCUGAAAAAUGCAGCAGGUAUUGCCUCUUUAGUACUUCCUGCUACUAUGGUGGUAUUAGUAGCAACAGCAGAGAUCUAAGCGCUUUAAAACAAUAUUUUGGGUUGCUGAGCUUUGUCAGAACUCUGUCUAGGCAGCAGUUGCUUUUGGGGCUUCACUCUAGAUGUGACUUUUGAGUGGAAAAUGUAAAAGGAGAAAGACCCCAGGGCUUGGCAGCCACUUGAGGUUUUCAUUUCACUGGUCAGAUUGCAGUUACUGGAUCUUCACUGCCUCAUCCACUCUUGCACUCUUGCUGUAGUUUGACAUGAGGACAGUGGGCCUCAUGUAUCCUAAAGAAUGUACACAACAUUUUUGCACUGUUAAGCAACUCUGGUAUUCAUAGCUUCGUUUAGCUGGCUCCAGCAGUUCCCUUGCAUAGUUUGCAAGCCUGCAAAGUGUUUUGGGAGGGGAAAUGCUAACCAGGGGCAAAAGGCACAGGCUCACUGUCCAGAUGUAGGAUCAUAUAUAAAGACACUUGUGCUUCACCAACUUGUGGACAAUGUCACAAUUAAAAGCCCUUCCCCAUAGUCCAGGACACUUUUCACUAGAAAAGCCAAAAUGGGGUGUUGCUCACUGCAUCUAUUAUUUCUUUUGCUUCUUCAGAAUACUUUUCUAACAAACAUUGCAAAAUCUAUUGUAUUCUGCAUUUCCAUCUGGAUCUGUUCUGUAUCUUAAUUUUGUGUGUGCUGCUGUUUGCCUAUUGUGUUCCUUCUCUCCUGUAUUUUUCCUCCAUAAUGACUUUUUAAAAAAUUGUAAAUGGCUUUGGACCAGGAUUCUAUUUGAUUUCUCCCCUCCUGCCCCCCAAAUAAAACAGAAUAAAGUUUACACUGGAGCCAUUCCUUGACUUAUACUCAUGAAGUAUGGUUUACCAACUUCAAUCGUCUUUUGACCCUCUUUCAUCACUUUUGGUACUUGUAGGAAUCAGCAGCGAAACGAUCCUGAAGCCAGCCUCCAUCACUGAAGAGGAGUUGCUUGAUUUAAUCAGCAAGCUAAACAAUGACAGAAAUGUAGAUGGCCUCCUGGUUCAGCUCCCUUUGCCUGGUGAGUGCCGUGCUUUAGGAGAAGCUCUUCAUCCAGCAUCCCUAGACACAGACCCAUAAGUGUCAGCUUCUGAUUUCCCCCUCCGUUCAUCCUGUUCCUGGGAUUACAUGCAUCUGACUCCUUGCACUAAAAUCUCUCUCCCCCCCCCCCCCACUUUCCCCUCCAGAGCAUAUCGAUGAGAGGAAGGUCUGCAAUGCUGUGAACCCAGAGAAAGACGUGGAUGGCUUCCAUGUGGUGAAUGUGGGCCGGAUGUGCCUUGACCAAUACUCCAUGCUGCCAGCGACACCUUGGGGCGUGUGGGAAAUCAUCAAGAGAACGGGUAGGUGUUUGUGUGCAAAUACUGCUGACCUUGAGUCGCUUGAAAGAAGGCAGAGCCUGACUUGGGUGUGCUGUGUUGCAGGGAUUCCGACCCUCGGCAAGAACGUGGUUGUGGCUGGACGGUCAAAGAACGUGGGGAUGCCCAUUGCCAUGCUGCUUCAUACGGAUGGGCGGCACGAGCGCCCCGGAGGUGAGGGUCUGGGGGGCCUUCAAGUGGGAGCUGCUUUUCCCAGGGAUUCUUUUCCUCUUGGUCCACUUUCCUGGUGAGACGGAGGCUUUUAUGAUAUUUGCAGGAGGCAGCAAGUCAUGUUUGCUGCGAGUUCUUGUCGCUGUGUGGCCCCAGACUGACAGGUCCACUGUGAUACUGCCUCUUGCUUGCCUGGAUAGAAAAGGGUGGAGGGUGUUGCAGGGGUGGGGGCUGCAUGUGCAAAACUGGCUUUUACAUUACAAAGUUAAGAACCACACUGGUCGCUCCACCCACUGCCUGCAUGUUGCCCAUAUAACCCUUGCGUUAUAUGGAAGGUGUGCCUGCCCCACAUUUUCCCUUCAGCUGAAGCCUUUAACUCCGAAUCGUUAAACUGUUGUUGUUUUUUAAUGCGCUUUUUCUUGAGGCGCUGGGAGGUCUUAGUGGGAGUAUACAAAGUAAUCAAACCCAAACUGUUUCAUGAGGCGGGUGCGAGGAGUGCAGACUCUGUGGGUGGUAGGAGCAUGUGGCGAAUUGCCAGAUGAGACGCAGCCCCAUUCCACCUCCCUAGCCGCCACUUGCCCUUCCGAAGGCCGUUGGAGGCUUCUGCCAGGAGGCCCAGUGUGUCCUGUUCUCACUGUAACUUUUCUUUUCAGGGGAUGCAACGGUAACCAUCUCUCACCGCUACACUCCAAAGGAACAGCUCAAGCAGCACACGAUUCUUGCUGACAUUGUGGUUGCAGCUGCAGGUAAGAUUCUGGGUGUCUUCUUUAAGAAAAAGAGCCGGAAAGCAGAAGCCCUUGAAGAACACGGCUGCCAUUCCUGUAGUGGCCAUGCUAAGAAUAACUAGGAAGGAUUCCCCUAGGAGUCUGAAUGCCGACGCUUCUGCCUGUGGAAUUUCACAUGCUGCUUCAAGCAGAUGGCUGUUGGCUUGCAAUGGCUGCCCUAUGUUAUGAUGGAUGACAGGCACCCUUUGUCAAGCUCUUGGGCUUUGUCCUGUGGACGUCUGCCUGUGGCCGCAUUAAAUGAAGAUCGGUAGCUGCCUUAGAUGUUACAUGCCGAAAUGAAAGUGAAUGAAUUAAAAUGUUAACCCCUGAAAUGUUGCAUUGCAGGCAUCCCUAAUCUGAUUACAGCCGAUAUGAUCAAAGAGGGAGCUGCGGUUAUUGACGUUGGCAUAAACAGAGUCCGGGACCCUGUUACUGCAAAACCAAAACUUGUUGGAGAUGUGGAUUUUGAAGGUAAGCAGGGUGCUUUGUAUUUGGACCUCCAGUCCUCACAGUGUCUGAUCUUGCCUUGCCUUAGGCCACCUGAGGCCAUGCAGUUGUUUUGGUGUACGCCUCCGAUCCAUCUUGUUCUGACUGGGGCUGAUAGGAAUUGUAGUUCAAAACAUAUUGAGAGCGGCGGGUUGGGGAAGGCUGGGUUAGGCAGAUAGGCUCCUGCUGUCUCAGCUAUCCUUGGGAGGGUUGCAGUUUUGAACGAGCUGCAUAGCUUCUCCUAUAAGGCAGUGGGCUAGCUUGAUGCAGAAUAUAUCCGGUUACUUGAUAUCUCACAUAAAAAAAGAUUGUAAUUCUUCCUUGUAACUUCAUCCUGCAACUUCUGGAUGGAGCAGCUGGUGGGCUGCGAAUUUUGAAUCUGGUGCGUGCUCUUGGCAGCACGGAGUGGACUCUUGCGUGUGACCUUGUUUCAGCGAGUAAUGGCAGGAGUUCAAAUUUCUGAAAGCUUUAGCACAUGCAGCUCUUGAUACUGUAAAUAUCAGCUUAGCUAACGUAUUAAGACAGUUUGCCCGGCAGAGAAACACCUAGAUCUGGCCAGUUUUGUUGUAAUGUAAGGAUGGGCAGCUGCCCAGAACUCCUGCUGAAUGUACACCACUGUGUGGUUUGGGGCUUCUGGCAAAAGGGCCUGACUCCCUUUCCACUGUUGCCCUCGCAGGACUUCUCCUACCAAUUACUCUGGCUGAUAAUAUGGAAAUACUCUUAACUAUGGAAGGCAUCUAGAAUGGAGAAUAUGAGGGGUGCAGGCAGUGGACUUUGAAGGACACUGUAGCUCCUUAGGGUUUGUUUGUUUUUUGGUAAAGGUUAAUAAGGAUUCUGAACCUCUUAUAGGACAAGGAUACAAAUUAUGGGUAUGUUAUCUCACAAUGCUAAGUUUUAGAUAUUUCGUUUUUGUUUUAUUUGGCAACUAGCAUGGAGACAAAAGCUCAGAGGUCUCUGAAUCUGGGAGAGGUCUAUGGUGGCUUUCCAGUGGUCAGGGGAAGUGGCAGUGGGGCUGUCAGCAGCACCUGUGGCUCUUACUUUGCCCUGCUUGGUCCCCUUGCCCCAACAUUCACACUGUUGUGUCACCACAGCCUUUCCCAGCCCAGAUUUCAGGGUUAGCUUCUUUGGGGCAGCCUCCCUCUGCACCCCCCCAUCUUCUGUGAUGGCUCUCUGCCUGUGGAAUACUCUCCCCAUGGAGACUUGCCUGAUGCCUUUCUACAUAUCUUUAAGAGCCAGGCGAAAGCAUUCCUCUUCUCCCAGGCCUUUGGCUAAUUAAACAAUCUAUGGCCUUCUAAACUGUGUGUGUGGGAUUGUUUUUGUUUGUUACUAUGGUAUACAUUUUUAUGUUAUAUUGUAAACUGCCCUUUGAUUCCUGGGUGAAGGGCAGUAUAGAAAUACAGCAACAAUUUUGUCCUUGAUUCGCCUCUGUCCUGCUUGCAGCCUCCUCCUAGGGAUUUUGACACUUGUUUUCCUUCUGUGCUCCAUCAUCUCCUUUCCUCCUUUUCUCCAGGUGUGAAGCAGAAAGCCAGCUACAUCACUCCAGUCCCUGGUGGGGUUGGGCCCAUGACAGUUGCCAUGCUGAUGAAGAACACCAUCAUUGCUGCAAAAAAAUUGUGGCGGCCUCAGGAGCUGGAAGCCCUAAGUGCCUAAUGCUGGACUUCCUAGGGGCAAGCAGCAGCAGCAUUCCAAAUCUCUUCCCAAACACAGCCUAAGGGACAAUGCAAUAUUUAUUUAUUGGCUGAAAGGGCAUCAGAGAGUCUCGCUCUGGAGUAUUUAUUUUAAAGCAAUUUUUUUCCAAGGCAAAAGGGUCCAACAUGAUACAUGAUUCCGAUCAUUUAAGCGUCUGCGUUUAUGUGCAGGAACCAAGCUUGAGGUUAGGAUAGAGGGGAGUGAUUGUGCUAUCUCUCAAACCCAGUAGGAAGCUGUAACUGAGGGCCAAGUGUGUGUGUUCAUUGUACAAAAUGUCUUAGUGUGUACAGUGGUGCCCUGCAAGACGAAUGCCUCGCAAGACAAAAAACUCGCUAGAAGAAAGGGUUUUUCGUUUUUUGAGCUGCUUUGCAAGACGAUUUUCCCUAUGGGCUUGCUUCGCAAGACGGAAACGUCUUGCAAGUUUGUUUCCUUUUUCUUAACACCGUUAAUACAGUUGCGACUUGACUUCGAGGAGCAACUCAUAGAACGCGGUGUGGUAGCCUUUUUUGAGGUUUUUAAAGACUUUGGUGAUUUUUGAAGCUUUUCCAAAACUUUCCCGACACCGUGCUUUGCAAGACGAAAAAAAAUCGCAAGACGACAAAACUCACGGAACGAAUUAAUUUCGUCUUGCGAGGCACCACUGUACAUGGUGCAAUUUCAAUUCACCAACCUCUGCUGAACCCAGGAGAUACUAUGUUAUCUGCUAGGAUUAUACCACAGCUAUUCUGGAGUCAUAAUGUUGCUAUUUUCUACAAAGCCUUAUUUGUAUGACCUUUCGAAGCUCUUGUAACAAAAGUUCUCAGUUCCUAAACAUUUUUUUUGAAGAUGGAAUGGACUCAAAAGCUAGACAGUAUUUUGAGAUAUAGUGUUGUGUUAGCCUGCAAAAACAUGGGUGAAGUUCGCUGUGCCUGUUCAAGCUUGCUUGCUAUUUACAUGGGCUGUUACUGGAGCUUGGAGGUUGCAUCUGAAUAAAAGCGAUUCACAUAGCACAUUCAAAUGUUUGCAUUCCAAUGUGUGCACUGACAAGGGGGAUCUUAAUUGUGCAGCAGCCGAAGAAGAAUAGUAACUCGGUGGUAAAGCGUAUGUGUUGUGUGCCAAAGGUCCCAAGUAGUAUCCCUGGUAUUUGUGUCCCCAGGUUUUUUUGAAUACCAAAUCUCCGUGUGACCCAUGUGGUUUUUUUACAGUCUGGUAAGAGUCCCAUUUUUUGUGACACUUGACAUUUCCAAUAUGUGACUACAUCUGAUAACACACUAUUACUCUCUCUCUCCAACCUGGUGCCUUCUAGAUAUGUGGUCAACAGUGCCCAUCAACCCCAGCAUCAUCCAGCUAUGCUGGCCAUGAGUCAUGGGAAUUGUAGUCUAAAGCAUCUACAGGGGCACCAUGGUGUGGAAUCCUGACUUACAGCACCUAAGUCAUUUUAGAUGGUAUAAAUCUGAGAAUCCUUAGCAAAAUACUGCAUUGGCUCUUGAAGAUGAACAUGAUUUUCAUGAGCACAACACAAAUGGAAGAGGUUCAAAAAUUUAUUAGACUAUAAAUGUUACUAUAGUAGCAAUGUAAUAGCUCUGGGGCUGAAAAUCUUUUGCUUUUGAAAUUGUGUGUGUUUGUAGUGGCACUGAGCACCGCGGUGCUAAGUAGCUGAUGGUGGGAGUAAUAGAUUUCACAAGCACAGGUGCAUGAAACACUUGGCUUCCACAAACAGCCUUUUGAUUUACAAAUCCUGCUAAAACUUUAUAACAGUAUUGUUAAAGCAGCCUCUACUAAGCAGUACACAGUAGUGGUACAAAAUAAGUAAGGAAAAUAUACAAGGCUAUGUUCAAGUUCAAGUUGUUCUUGCAGCCUUCACUGGCUUGGCACCUUCCAGUGGUUUAGGAAUCCAAAUCCUACGAACCUCCACUAGCCUGGCCACGCUACAACGGACUGAUGGGGCACAAGUUUCAGGGAGGCUAAGUUAAUUCUAUUUAGAAGUUGUUGCCCAGGCAUAAAACACUGUUUUGUUGAAUUUUGUCCAACAGUUAAUGGGUACUUGAUUGACAUAAUAUGAUAAAUAGGAUGCUAAAUUCAAGUUUUUCUUUUGUUUUGACUUCAGUAUUUACAAAGUUACAAGGAAAUCACCAUUAAGUUCACACAGGUUCAAACCAGGUGCAAUAUUUAGCAGGCCAGAAUAUUCUGUACAUAAGAGUCCUGCUUUAGAAGUAAAGUAUCCUUUCCAAAGAAAAUAUCAAGUCUUUGAAACUGCACAAUAGGGAAGAAAUGGUAACUGAAUUUUUUUUGGUUCCAAGAUGUUUUUUUCUGACAAGUAGAAGGAAUGAUCUUUAAGCCAGUUAAGGCCAACAGCAAUCAGCAAACUAUCAGAUAGCUUGACAGCCAGGUGACAAGCCACACACUCACAUUUCUGUUGUAGAUCACCUUUUUCUGUGACACGUGUGUGAUGCUGUUUGGGUGGUCCUUGGCUAAGGGACAAUUUCUAAAGCCUUUAAAAGUUCUUGUGCUCCUUUUAUCUGGGUCCUCACCUCCUACUGAGCAGAGUGGGGGGGGGGACUUCUGUUGCAACAGAAUAAUAAAGAUCUGCCUUGCUUUCACUGGAUCCAGCCUCAGCUCAUUCUUCUCUUGACCAAUAAUAGCUCAGUUGGUUAGAGCAAUAGUGUAGAUAAUGCAAAGAUUGCAGGUUCAGUCCCUGUAUGGAGCAGCUGCAUAUUCCUACACUGCAGGGGGUUGGUCCAUUCCAACUCUAUGAUAACAAACUUGGGGGACUUAAGUCCCUUAAAAGGGAUGUUAGGCUGUUAAAGCCCACCCUCCAAUUUCUUGGGGCAGUGGUAUUGGCACACACUGAGGGAGGUAUCUCAUGGCACUAUGGUUGGCCAGGGAUGCCAUGCUGGGAACCCCCAGCUCUUAACAGAAAACACUCAUUCACUAAGGGCUUACCCACAUUUCCUCAUGUUCAGAUGGUGAAGGUGACCAUUCUCUUGGAACCAGCUUGGGGCCUUCAUGGUAAAUGCACAAACAACCAGCAUUUCUCAUGAAGGAAUUCCACAGGAGGUGUCUCCUUGGGCAAAUUGUUGAGAGUCAUCAGAAGUCCAAAUCUGCUUUGCUGCAACUGGAUUCUGUUGCUCCUCUGCCUUCGUCAACAAGCAUGUGCAGCAUUCAGAUAAAUGAUACGUCAUUUGAAGAUGGCAGUAAUCCGGCUCCUCCUGCCUCUGCAAUACUAUGGUUGAUAGUGAGAGAGAGGCUUUUUCUACAGGAGUGGAAGGUUUUAUACGCUUAGCUACCAAGUGAAUAAAAAAGCUACUGGCUCCACUGAGAGAUGUCCUACUGAAAUCCAUGAGCCUUCAGAGGAAAAGACCAGCAGGUCCAAUUGGAAGGAACUGCUGCAGACCACAGGGAAGAGCUGACUGAAGACAUCCAAGUCCAAAAAUGAUACUGUUCCUCCAGCCAAGGAGCUCAAGUUCUAAUAAGUUCCUUUGUUCCCACAGACUUUUAAAGUCCUAUUUCCAUGUUGCUUGGAUGGAUCUUAAGUUGGAGAUCUAGGGUCAUCAUGGCACGUGACCAAGCAGGAUGGAAUGUCACAAACUCUCUAAUUUUCUGAUGCUAAAUGUGUAUAUAUAUAUAUAUCUACAUACAAAGGAC